CUUCUUCUGCGAUCAUUCAUCGCGUGCGCCUACUACGAUACACAACGCGGAAGACUUCUUGUGUUUGGCAUUUCUUUGCUGUGGCGCGAAAUCGGCGAAUUUUGGAUUUUGUAAAAUUUUCGAAAAUAUCGCGAUUUCGGUGGAAGCGCAUGGGAUUUAAUCGCUUUUUGUGUGAUUUUUUGUUGAAUUGCGAAGGAUAUUGAUGAGUUUGGAGAAAAUUUGGUGAAAAUGAAUUUUGAAGAAAUAUUCAGGGGGUGGAUGCUGCCUAUUAUUUUUUUGAUGUGCGGGCAAUCAGUAACAUCUCACGUGCUUGGUGACGAGUGUAAUAGUGAUUGGGAAUGCAGAGAAAAUAUCACAGGAUCUAUCUGUCACAGAGGCAGAUGUGCAUGCCAACCUUUUUACGCCAGAAUCAAUCAGACGUCCUGCUUACAAGCCACUCUUUUGGGUUACGACUGCUUGGUGCCGGAACAGUGCUCUUUGAAGGUGGCGAAUAGCAGUUGUCUGGACGGUGCAUGUCGAUGUGUGGACGGCUUCCUGCAGUUCCGGAAGCACACUUGCCUCGGACCUGCCAGGCCAGGCAACGUCUGCUACAGUAACGAACACUGCCGAUUAUGGACCGCAGACAGCCACUGCGAUUUUCUAAUUCCAAACCUAUUUGGUAGAUGCUCCUGCAACUCCCCCUUCAAGCAAGUCGGCGAUUCUUGCGUACGAGCUGCCUUCCAAACCAAGACUUCCACGACCUCUACAACCAGUACUACCUCAACAACUACUACUACUUCCACGACGCAGAAGCCGACCACGGAAUCGGAAAACCAUGACAUAGAAUCCAAUGUUAUUGUCGACGAUUCUACACCUAAAGUUAUGGUGAGGGAACGGAUUCCUGGCAAGGAUCGGACAACAAAAACGGUUCCUACGACUUCUGAUUCUACCACUCGUUUACCUCAUAGAGGUGUUACUUCGAAAAUGGAUUCAACUACCAGAGCGACCAUAUCAAGAAGAACCACUACCAUGGAACCUACCUCGACUACACCGCACACAGAUAUCAUCGUACCGUCAAUUACUACAACGCUACCUCCAACAACUACAGGUAUAAGAACAAGAGUCGAAACUGGAGACGAAGCUGUUAGCCUAGGACUACCGUGUGUGACCGAUAUGCAAUGUAGAAUAGCAGAUCCAUCCUCUAAGUGUAUAGAAGGCAUUUGCGAUUGUGUGAUCAGAAAUAAUGGAACAAGAGGAUGUUCGGCCAGAAAUAGAGGAUGUAUACCAGGAACUUUCCAGUGUCGCAGUACAGGAACAUGUAUCAGUUGGUUCUUCGUUUGUGAUGGUAGAAAGGAUUGCAGCGAUGGUUCAGAUGAAGAAUGCCGACCUAAUAAAUGUCCAUUGGAAGCUUUUAGUUGUAAAUCUUCGGGAAAAUGCAUAUCAAGGGCAAGCAGAUGCGAUGGUUCAAAGGAUUGUCUUCUAGGUGAAGAUGAGGCCAAUUGUCAAGCUAUUGGAAGAAAAGGAUGUCCUCCAGAUACUUUUCAAUGCCGAGACGGAAAAUGUUUACCGGAAUAUGAAUUUUGUAAUGCAAUUAUUGGUUGUAGUGAUGGUAGCGACGAACCACCUCAUAUUUGCAAAGGCAGAGCGCGAAGGAGAAGAACAGAAUACUGUCCAUUAAGAUGUGGAAACGGAAGAUGUAGGUCAAGUGCGAUAGCCUGUUCUGGAAGAGAUGGUUGUGGAGACGGUACUGAUGAAAGUCAAUGUUCAGUUUGUAGGUGUCCUCUGAUCAAGAGUCGCAACUUAUAGUUUAUUUAAUUUCUUCUUCGACUUUGUACAAUGCCAAAAAUUUUGUAAAUUAUUUUUAUUCUACGAAACGCGUUUUUAGGUAUUUACUUAAUGAAUUGUAUGUUAGAAUUUUGUAAUGCUCAAAAAACUAUUUAAUUGUAUUUUAUAG